UUUUAAAAUGGCGUCUGGUGGGAGUGAAUAUACGUCGGAUGAGAUUUUCAAUUUUAAAUGUUCACCUUGUUUCGUUAAUAAUCGGAACAAAGAAGCUGUGAAAUACUGCGUGGAAUGUCAGGGAUAUUGUUGCCAGUCAUGUGCAGACAUGAUACAUAUGAUGCCUGCUUUAAAAGGUCACACUCUUUUGGAUGGUUCAAACUACAAGUCAUCAAGUCUCCAUUCAGGAUUACCAGCAGUACCGACGGAGAGAUGUAGCGUUCACGAGACAAAGAUCGUGGACAUGUACUGUGGUAAUCAUGAUGAGGUUGGUUGUACAACAUGCAUGGCUUUAAACCACAGGUCUUGUGCUGAUGUGUAAUCCAUUCCAGAUAUUAUCGAUAGUACAUUUCAAACGACAGAUGUUGACAAAAUACACAAAUCGUUGCAAGAUAUGAAAAUAAAGAUGGAGAAAAUUAUGAAAACUAGACAAAGACUGAUAGAAGACUUAAAGAAGUCUAAGACGGAAGUAGUAAUGGCGAUCAAGGACUUUCGAAAGGACAUGGAAACAAUAAUUGAGCAACUAGAAAAGGAAUCAAUUAAAGAAUUGGAGAUGAAGUUCAUAGAAGAAGAGUCAAAACUGCAAGAAGAAAAGAAGAAAGCAGAAACUGAAUUAGAUGGUCUGAAACAAGCAGUGAACAACCUGAAGAAAUCAGAAAGAAACAAAGCCCAACAAUUUGUCUCCAUGAAAAUGUCGUUAAAAAGUAUCGCAAAAACGGAGGAUGCAUCUUGUUCAUUGCAAACACGUGUUGAUGCAAGUAUAUCAUUUAGCUUUGAUCCUGCUAUACUGAAGUUUCUACAGAAGUUGAAAACUUUCGGAUCGGUCCGACAUGAUUCUACCACUGUUUUCAGAUCGCCAAGAACAACCGCCUAUUCAGUUAAAUAUAUCGAGAAUUUAAAAAUCAGUGGUCAGAAUGACAACAAAACAUGCCUUUUGUAUGGGUCCUGUAUAACAGAAGAUGGAUCAGUACUGUUAGCUGAUUAUAACAACAAGAAGAUUAAACGUGCAGAUAUUGUAAAAAUGUCAUUGACAGAUUAUUGUUGUGUUCCUGCUGAACCUUACGGCGUUUGUUGUACAAGUAAAAUCGAAGCUGCAGUUUGUCUGAACAAUAAUACAAUUCAGUUUGUCUCCCUUGGUAAGCAGAUGACAACCAUUCAACAAAUAAAACUGAACCAUGUUUGCUUUGGCAUUAGCUGUAACGAUGAUCAACUGUACAUAACUGACAACGGGAGGUUGUUAUAUAUAUAUGACUUGACAGGAAACAUGCUACAGAAGGUAACUCAAGACAACGUUGGGCUAAAUCUGUUCUCAACCAAUCGAUAUGUUGCUUUCAGUGAUAUUAAUGAUGAAGUGUUUGUUGCUGGUUGGGACAAAGGUCUAGUAAUUAUUGAUGGACAGGGAAAGCACUGUCAGACAUUAACAUAUUCAGAGUUACAGGGUGCCAGUGGGGUCUGUACAGAUCGUAAGGGAAAUCUGUUUGUGUCCGGGUACAUUUCAAAUAACGUGAUACAGACUGGGAGAGACGGGAAGAAAAUGGGCGUGGUCGUGAAAUCAUCAGAUGGACUUGUUUGUCCAGAUUCAGUUUGUUUUGACCCUCGACAAUGCAAAUUACUGAUUACCCAAUACAAAAAAGAUACUGUUAAAGUCAUCUCUUUGCAUUAAAAAGCAAUUAUCUGAGUCAGACAUAUCUUGAAUGUAUAAGAUGUAUGGAGGGCCGGGUGUACAGCCGUUAGGCUGGUGCAUUAUAUUAUUGGUGUAAAGUAAUUAAUUCAGGAAACGAUAUUAUUUGUAGAUUAUUGUACGAUAUUUGUAUUUGCAUAUGAAUGAUACACAAAUUUCUUCUUGGAUUUCUUUUGAAAAAUACUUUUGAUGAAAUGUAUGAUUAUGUUCAUGCUAAGUAUAUAGAUAAUUAUUUUAAAACAAUUGUGAAAAGAAGGUUAAAAGAUCAGUUUUUUUUGCAAAAUUAGCGUGAUGGUGUUGUCACUUCACCAAACUGUCUAGUCUAUUGUACUUAUUAAAAUAAUUUGGUUUUGAGGAGUAUAUUGACAUAUUACCUUCUUGUUUGAGUAAGUUGUUGUGUAAAUGUAAAACUAUGAACCAUUUGUUGCAAAUUGAAAAAGGUAAAACACUUUCAAAUAGAGCGCAGUCAAAGGGUCUGCCGCCUCUGCCCGAUGCAUUUGCUAGGUGAUGAAUUUCAUUAUCUUUUGGCCCGAUGCAGUUACUUCAAAUCCUAUAGAAAGAAGUUGGUUGAAACUGUAUUUCAACAAGUUUCACAUAUAUGGUAUACAAUACUAAUUGCAUGAAAUCAAUGAUUGAACACAAGUUAUUUAAAACUUACAUAAAUUCCUUCCCAUGUAGGGAAUAAUUACAAUUUAUCAAAUACCACAUUGUCAGGAAUCAUGGCUAGUGAUAUUUUAUAUGACAAAUAAGGAUGGUAUAACAUAGCUGUAAUACUAUUUGUUUCUAUUGAAUUUUGUAAGUGUUGCUUGAAUCGAUUAUAUACUCACGGUACCGGGGUGCAAAUCGACAAAGAAGGACCCACUGACCUAGGUAGUAAACCUUUUCAGAAAGAAAUUUAUUGCCAAUAAUUUCACUACUCGUUCGAAUAUUUAUCAACUUGAAUAGUAAAGAUAAAUUUUUACUUGUUAAGUUAGCAUUGUUUUGUAACAAUUUAAUGCCAAAUUUUAGAUAGCUCAUUCUCCAUAUUCGAUAUUUCUUAGUAUUAAUGAUUCGAAUAAUGUACUUUAUUUGUAAACAUGUAUAAAAGUAUUAAUAUGCUUCAAGUUUGGGUAUGAAGUUAAAUAUUAUGUAUAGGUUAGUGUUUAUCAAUGUGUAUUUACAAAGUUUAAUCAGCUAUGUGCGGCGUAGACGCGAGGCUGAUUAAACUUUGUAAAUGCUCAAUAAUAAACUCUAACCUACUUAGUGUUUGAAACUAUGUUUUGUUUUCAGAUGCGAAUAAAAUCAAUAACACACCUCUUGUCCCUUCUAUGCACAUGACUAACCUGAUUGAUAAACGACUGCAAUUUAAUGCUGAUUAAUUAAAAAAAUGUCCCAAAACUUUGAAAAGUACUGCAAUGCCAUUCGACAAAAAAUAAUUUCAAACACUAAGAUUAUGUAGAAGUUGAUUAUAACAAACACACCAUUGCUUUUAGUUUCUAGUAUGUGAUUCCAUCCAUACAAUAGGUAGUAUUUUGGAGAAUAUACUCUGUCAUUAUUUUUGUAUCUGUAGCUUUUGAGUUAUCUCCCCAUCUUUGAGUCGAGUCGGUCCAAUUCAUUUUUAGUCAGACAUGUUCAUUGCAGUGAGAUAUGUUUAGUUUGUACAUGAAGGUAAUAUAAAGAUUACCUCACAUGAAGGUAAUAUAGAGAUUACCUCAAAUGAAGGUAAUAUAGAGAUUACCUCCA